AUGGCGGCGGCGGCGGUCGGGCGGGACACUUUACCUGAGCACUGGUCUUAUGGCGUGUGCCGGGACGGCCGCGUCUUCUUCAUAAAUGACGAGCUCCGCCGCACAACCUGGCUGCACCCGCGCACCGGGGAGCCAGUCAACUCCGGCCACAUGAUACGCUCAGACCUGCCCCGCGGCUGGGAGGAGGGCUUCACGGAGGAGGGAGCCAGCUACUUCAUCGACCAUAACCAACAGACCACAGCAUUCAGGCAUCCUGUGAGUGGGCAGUUUUCGCCAGAAAAUAGCGAAUUUAUUCUUCAAGAAGAGCCACAUCCACAUAUGUCAAAGCAAGAGAGAAACCAAAGGCCAUCCAGCAUGGUCAGUGAGACGUCCACAGCUGGAACUACGUCCACCGUGGAGGCCAAGCCUGGUCCCAAGAUCAUGAAGUCCAGCAAUAAAGUCCACAGCUUUGGGAAGAGGGACCAGGCCAUUCGGAGGAACCCCAAUGUUCCGGUGGUGGUGAGGGGAUGGCUGCACAAGCAGGACAGUUCUGGAAUGAGACUAUGGAAAAGGAGGUGGUUUGUGCUCGCUGAUUAUUGCUUGUUUUACUAUAAAGACAGCCGAGAAGAAGCGGUCCUUGGGAGCAUCCCUCUGCCCAGCUAUGUGAUCUCGCCUGUAGCCCCUGAGGACCGCAUAAGUCGCAAGUAUUCCUUUAAGGCUGUGCACACGGGCAUGCGAGCACUCAUCUACAACAGCUCUGCGGGGGGCUCUCAGGCUGAGCAGUCGGGCAUGAGGACCUACUACUUCAGUGCAGACACCCAGGAGGACAUGAAUGCGUGGGUCCGGGCCAUGAACCAGGCCGCACAGGUGCUGUCUCGAUCAUCGCUGAAGAGGGACGUGGAGAAGGUAGAGCGGCAGGCGGUCCCCCAAGCCAACCACAUAGAGUCCUGUCGAGAGUGUGGCCGCGUGGGACCUGGACAUGCGAGGGAUUGUCCUCAUCGAAGUCAUGAGGAUUCCUUUGGCUUUGAGAGGCGGGAGCAAGAGGAAGAACGGUACCGUUCCCAGAGGGACCCACUGGAGGGCAAGCGGGACAGGAGCAAGGCCAGGUCCCCGUACUCACCGGCUGAGGAGGAUGCCUUGUUCGUGGACUUACCUGGUGGUCUGAGAGGCCAGCAAGCACAGCCCCAGCGGGCAGAGAAGAACGGGGUGCUGCCCGGCAUGUAUGGCCCAGGAGAGCAGAAUGGGACCGGCGGGUAUCAACGGGCCUUUCCUCCCAGGAACAACACUGAAAAGCACAGCCAGAGGAAGAGCAGCCUGGCCCAGGUGGAGCACUGGGCAAAAGCCCAGAAGGGGGACGGCAGGAGCCUGCCCCUGGACCAGACCCUUCCACGCCAGGGUCCCAGUCAGUCACUGUCCUUCCCAGAAAAUUACCAGACUCUGCCUAAGAGCUCCCGAUAUCCCUCAGGGGGCUCCUCGCCCCCUCCCCGCGACCUGCCCAGUGACUACAAGUAUGCGCAGGACCGAGCCAGUCACCUGAAGAUGUCGAGCGAGGAGCGCCGGGCGCACCGGGACGGCACGGUGUGGCAGCUCUAUGAGUGGCAGCAACGGCAGCAGUUCCGGCAUGGCAGCCCCACGGCACCCAUCUGCGCCGGCUCCCCGGACUUCACUGACCAGGGCCGGAGCAGAAGCAUGCUGGAGGUGCCCCGCUCCAUCUCUGUGCCUCCAUCUCCCUCCGACAUCCCUCCUCCGGGCCCCCCGAGGGUUUUCCCACCCCGACGGCCGCACACGCCAGCGGAGAGGGUCACCGUGAAGCCCCUGGACCAGCGGAGGAGUGUGGACAUCUCCCUGGGGGGCUCUCCCAGGAAGGCACGGGGCCACGCCACCAAGAACUCCUCUCACGUGGACCGCCGCUCCAUGCCCUCCAUGGGCUAUGUGACCCACACGGUCAGCGCUCCCAGUCUCCAUGGAAAAUCGGCUGAUGAUACCUACCUCCAGCUGAAGAAGGACCUGGAGUACUUGGACCUAAAGAUGACGGGCCGGGACCUGGUCAAGGAUCGGAGUCUGAAGCCGGUGAAGAUCGCAGAGAGUGACAUUGACGUCAAACUGAGCAUCUUCUGUGAACAAGACAGGAUCCUCCAGGACUUGGAAGACAAGAUCCGAGCCCUCAAGGAGAACAAAGACCAGCUGGAGUCUGUGCUGGAGGUUUUGCACAGACAGAUGGAGCAGUACCGAGACCAGCCCCAGCACCUGGAGAAGAUUGCUCACCAGCAGAGGUUGCUGCAGGAGGACCUUGUCCACAUCCGGGCAGAGAUCUCCAGAGAGUCCACUGAGAUGGACAAUGCCUGGAACGAGUACCUGAAGUUAGAGAGUGACGUGCAGCAGCUGAAGCAGACCCUGCAGGAACAACACAGAAGGGCCUUUUUUUUCCAGGAGAAAUCGCAGAUACAGAAGGAUCUCUGGAGGAUUGAAGAUGUCAUCGCAGGCCUGAGUGCAAAUAAAGAGAACUUUAGAAUCCUGGUGGAAUCCGUCAAAAAUCCAGAGAGAAAAACGGUGCCUUUGUUUCCUCACCCGCCUGUGCCUUCACUCUCGACUUCUGAGAGCAAGCCGCCCCCACAGCUCAGCCCUCCUACCAGCCCCGUGCGGACCCCUCUGGAGGUCCGACUCUUCCCCCAGCUGCAAACCUAUGUGCCGUACCGACCUCAUCCACCCCAGCUGAGGAAAGUGAUGUCCCCUCUUCAGUCACCAACCAAGGCGAAGCCCAAAGUUGAAGACGAGGCACCUCCCAGGCCCCCACUCCCUGAGCUCUACAGUCCAGAGGACCAGCCCCCGGCAGUGCCACCUCUGCCAAAGGAGGCCACUAUCAUCCGGCACACGUCAGUGCGGGGUCUGAAACGGCAGUCGGAUGAGAGAAAGCGAGACCGGGAGCAGGGGCAGUGUGUGAAUGGGGACUCAAGGGUGGAGCUCCGGUCAUACGUUAGUGAGCCUGAGCUGGCGACUUUCAGUGGGGACAUGGCCCAGCCCUCCCUGGGACUAGUGGGCCCUGACAGCAGGUACCAGACACUGCCAGGCAGAGGGCUCUCAGGGUCCACGUCAAGGCUCCAGCAGUCAUCCACCAUUGCUCCCUACGUAACGCUCCGGAGGGGUCUAAAUGCCGAAAGCAGCAAGGUGACCUUCCCUAGACCCAAGAGUGCCUUGGAGCGCCUGUACUCAGGAGAUCACCAGCGGGGCCAGAUGAGCGCGGAGGAGCAGUUGGAGCGCAUGAAGCGGCACCAGAAGGCCCUGGUCCGGGAGCGCAAGAGGACGCUGAGCCAAGGAGAGAGGACGGGUCUGCCCUCGUCCCGCUACCUCAGCCAGCCUCUCCCUGGAGACCGCGGCUCAUGGAAGCGCGAGCAGGACUUUGACCUGCAGUUGCUGGAACGGGCCAUGCAAGGGGAGAGAAAGGACAAGGAGGAAAAUGGCUGGUUGAAAGUGCAGGCCAUGCCUGUCACUGAGUUGGACCUGGAACCUCAAGACUAUGACUUGGACAUCAGCAGAGAGCUGGCCAAACCAGAGAAGGUCUCCAUCCCUGAGCGUUACGUGGAGCUGGACCCUGAGGAGCCACCCAGCAUUGAGGAGCUGCAGGCGCGGUAUCGCAAAGCUGAGAAGAUCCGCAACAUCCUUGCUCGUUCCAGCAUGUGCAACCUGCAGCCGCCAUCGGGCCGGGAUCGGAACAGCGCGGCCGACCUGGACGUGCAGCUGCAGGAGCAGGAACGCAUCAUCAACAUCUCCUACGCGCUGGCCUCUGAGGCCUCCCAGCGCGGCAAGCAGGUGGCAGCCCAGGCAGUGACUGACCCAUGACCCAACGUGCAAAGGAGAAGUCUGGAGCUGGGGACCCCGUGGAACCAGUUUCAUCCAAGAAGAUUGAUCUUCCUUCCCCCAAGGAAACCCCCUUCCAGCUCAGCAGGGGUUCCGGCUGGAAGAAGGAGUGGUCCACCAACUGUGGGGAGUUCAGCAUAGGGCUAGGUCCUAACAACCCUCCCCUCAACUUGUUUUAGUUCAGACUCCUUUUUACAUAUGACAAAGGCACUUUUGAUACACACUGUAAAAUACUGAUGCUGUAUUUUAGACUCAGAAUAUAUUUUAUAAUGUUCACCUCAAGGGCUGAGUGGCUGGAAAGGGGAGGAUGCAGGAUUUUGGAGCUGCACCUACAGAUUCAGGUACUGUGUGCAUGGUAGGUGUGGGUUGCGGAGAAGGGCAGGGCAGGCAGGGUCCAGUCCAACAUCCAUGAACUCAGGUGAAGGUUGGAUUUGACAUGUGCUUCCAGGGGGGCCCGGCGUUGGGCUCGUUGGCAUACUAUCUGGGGGAAGAGGGCUCCUUAGCCGCAGAGGUUAGCUGUCCCUGACCUGGCCAGAUGACUGGCUCUGGAGGGGAAACUCCAGCAGGCUGCCAUGUGGAGCCCAAGCCUGUGCCUUGGCCCUUGGGUUUGGUUUAGGGGCAGUGGUAUAUUCAAGAGGUUUGGCUCCCAACCUGUUCAUGAGGCUCUCUCAGCAAAGGGCUCUCUUAAGAAAAACAGAACAGUUUGCUUUAAUUAAAAAAAAAAA